UAGUGGUAGCAGUUGAUAGCUGCUGACGAUAACUGUCAGUAUUAAGGUAUAAGAAAGCACAAAAUCUGCUUCUCUAAACGCAGACUACAAUGACGGAUAAACCGUGUAAGGUGUGCAAUUUCACACGACAACAAACGCAUGGGCUAGUAGCUCUUUCCAUAGAUGAGCUUAAGAAAAAAGGUCGACAGUGUCUUGGGUUCAACUCCAGUGACUCAGUCACAGUGGUCCUAGAGAAUGAUGGGACAGUAGUAGAAGAUCAGGCUUACUUUUUGUGUUUACCCUCAAACACAAAAUUCAUGCUAUUAAAUGACAAAGAGAGGUGGUCUCCACCUUGCAGGAUUGAUGGUGGCACAGCUUGGAUGGCUAGGGAUUCUGUGAUGCUGGAGACUGAUACUGUGGACAGCUCCAGUACUGUAGCACCUUGGUAUGAACUGGCUCAGCAGCUGAAGCAGGACCUGACUACCAUUAUUCUCAUGUCUGAGGCGGACCUACAGACCUUAGUGGAUGCCCCAUGCCCUGAACUAGCCUCUGCUUUGGGCUUCCAAGAGAAAAAGGCCCAAGAGCUCCAGGAGACGCUGCAGAGGGUUUUGGAUCGAAGAGAGCAGGAGCGGCAAUCCAAGGAAUUGCUCCAGCUUUACCUGAAAACUGUGGAGCUGGAGAACAGACAACAGGAAGAAACAAGUCCGCCUUCUCAGGGAGGUGCCGGGGAUGUGGAUGUGCCAGAUGGAAUGGAGGUGGAUUCUGCUUCUGGAUUUAUGUCCAGGACUUUGAUGGUCCUGAAAGGCAAAACAUCGCCAGAGACCAGGCUUUCCACUGAGGAUCUGCAGAUGGUAGUGGCCAGAGGGAUGGAAGCUAUGGAGCAGGUGCUGGGCUGGGACAGAGCGAGGACGUCCACGCUGCUGCAGGCCUGCGAAGCUGAGCUGACCGCACGUCUCCGGCAGAUUCAGGCAGUGCAAUCCAUCAGGAGCAACACACAGCUGCGCGGCAGCCAGCAGUCCAGCGAGAAGAGGAAGGAGGAGGGCGUCGAAAAGCAAGCCCAAGGCGGCAACUAGGCCGAGACUCUACCUGAGCACAGACUGAUAAGAAUUCACACUACCAGCCUCGGGGCCAGCAGAGUAGGAUUUUUGCCCUGCGUUACUGAUAAUAACAAAACUGCUGGAAUACAUGAAUCCCAAGUGUUGACACUUUGUAAGAUUUCAAAACCACUUGAAUGCUUUUGCCUCAAGAGGAAGCUGGAUGAUUUACACAAGUCAUGUUUAUCAAAGACAUUAACCACUUGGGUCUAUUUUUUUUUUUUAGCUGGUUUCUUAUUUUGUGUUUCAUGCUGGGAGAAUAACUACAGAUAAACAAAUCUAAACUUAAAGCUAUAACUCAGUAUUUGGGGAGAUUCUCUUACUUCUGGCAACCUCGCUAGUUGACAGAAAAGUUGCUGCGCCUCUAGGCCAAAGUCCAAGGUUCACUGUUGUGUAUUUAAAUAAAAUGGGUCUUCUCAUCUAA